UGCGUUUGGUAUUUGUAGACAGACAAAGAAAGAAAAUAAUAUGUGGGUACCUAUAUAUCACUAGGCAGGUACCCACUCUGUCUGUUAAGUUGCUGCCUCCGAAUAAUCAAUAAUUUUAUUACAUAUCCAUAACUUCCUAUGUUGCAACCACAACCAAUCGUAUUGCAUUGAAGUUUUCUGCAAUUCGAAACACACCCAAUCACCACAUGUAAAUGCGUGGAAUGAAACGUACUUUACGACCAUGACGAGGAAACUUGUUCAAAUGACGCAUGUCAAAUUUUAGUGAAUCGGAACGUACCUUUAGGACUGACUUGGCGAUUCGGAUUUUCUUUCAGUGAUUAUCUCGAUGACUUGUGUAAAUUCAAUGUAAAUUUGAUUUGUUAAAUGACAGUUUAUUAUUUGUGAUUCGCGGACGUGUAUCGAGUAUACUUACAACUGUGCUCAUGUGGCCGCCGGGUAUAAAGGACAUAUUGCAGUGACUGGUUAUAAUUUUCCAAAAACAAAUAACGUAGAACCAUCAAUAUGAUACAAGACGAUGAGUUCGAGGCCCUGGUGACAACCCCAGAGCGUAUAAAGGCUCUGGGGUUCAAGCCACAGAAGGAAAUCUUGACGAAUCACAUCUUACCAUAUGCCGCCGAGUUGGAUGAUGAGGCCUCAAGAUUCCUACAACAAGUGAAGACAAACCUGGCGAAGGCCGUCAUGUUGCGUGAGAUGAAGCCAGCCUGCGGUGUGUGGUCCUCCAGGCUCAUGAAGUAUAUUCGAAUCCAUGGCCUGAAGUUCAGCAAGGAGGAUCACAUAAAGCUAAUAAAACUGGCUUAUGAGCUUGUCCUUAUACCUGACCUCGAACCAUGCAAGAUUCAUAAGUUCGCUACCAUGUUUCUGAUGCUCACUAAGAAAAGACAAUUGAUUUCACCUGACGAACUGACGCUGCAUUGGCGUCCGCUCUACGAUAUGGGCAAAAAAAUAUUCGACAAGAGCGCCACUCAUAUUGGAAUGUACCAUUACCUGACUUCCCUCGAAGGAUCAUAUAUUUCGAUGGUUAAAUGCGCAAGACCAUAUUUCCCUUUGACUGCAACAAAAGAGAUCCUAGCGGAGUUGAUGCCUCAAAUAAACCCAUGGUCCACGGACACACACGUGGUAUGUCAGCUGGCUGUGUUCCUGCCGGUGGCUUUAAACCCUCAGUAUGCGGAGUUCGGCCACCACCUGUGGUUCGACGAGAUCAUGUCGCUCUGGGAUACAUGCUACAACUCACAAUGCGGUAUCUCGGAUUUAAUGAUGCUGUUUGCGGGGCUAGCGAAACGCAACCCUGGCGCGAUAGACUGGCAGCCGCACGUGCCGAAGAUGUUCACGAGGUUUCUACACGCUCUAAACCUCCCAGUCAGCUACAAAGACAUGCAGAUCACACGCUGCCAUUCGUUAGACAUGAAACACGUGGCUUCGUGGAUUGUAUGGAGCAUUGCCCCUGACGGCGAGGUGCUCAAGCACUUGCGCAGCUUCCUGGCAGGAGUCGAGAGCUAUCUGCACAGCGCUAACUCGGGCCGCUGGUCUUAUAAGCUGAGGGACCUGCUCAGGAAACUGGCUAGAGAGUUUCUAAACAGGGUACGUCGUGAACGUGAACCUAAAUUCAAGGAAAGUUGGGAGAACCAAACUCCGGCUCACUACCGACUGAAAGACGAAGACAUUACAGAGUUUGUUCAGAUCGUGCUGGAGCCGACACUACAGGCAGUGUACAGCCGCAGUGGCUCGCUCGAUAUAUCUAUUGCACUACACAACCUAGCGACGCUACGCCCCGCCAUAGUAGUCCCGCCUCUCCUGGAGAGACUGAAGACUUCUCUGACGUCUCUGACGGAGCCGCACCGAGUGACGGCCGCCAUGUCUGCAGUGGCCGCCGUGGCGCGACCCAUGCUGCGCGGCGCGGACGCCGGGUACCCGGAGGGACCCACCCACGUAGUACCGUUCCUGCUGGCUGUACUACCGGGGCUUGAUCCCAAUGACAUUAAAAAGACAUUGGUCACACUACACUUCAUACUCAUCUUCACAUGGAUGGUGCCUUUCAUAGACUGUAGUUCAGCUCACGAGCACUGGUCGGACCUCACCGAGGAAGAACUCCUCACCUGUGAGUCUACCGCUCAACUCGAGGACUUUGUGCUCGUCUUCUUAGACAGAUUGUUUGUAAUCAUCGAGUCUAGUGUACUCGAACAUGUAAGACUGGAUACUAAAGAAUCCGACGCCGUUCGCAGUAAGACUGACGCUGUAAUGGAAACUGCCAUCUCUUCGGCCGCGACAGCUGUACUGAUGCAGUGCUCGCCGAAGAUAUUUAAGGAAGCAUUAAGAAAAUUCAAAGCCUUCGCCACAGAAACGACAUUUGAAACGAAUGUAUCUGGAAGUAUGGUUGGUGUAAUGUUGCAUGUGUUUGCUAGAAUUGACUCGGAGGCCACCCUGGCUGCGUUCUUGCCGGACCUGUGUGAACAACUGUCGGAGUUGCUGUCGACGGACGAGGCGCUGCACGAGGAGAACCCCUCGCGUGACCUGGUCUACAGACUGGUGUUGUUGAUGCAUGUGGUGGAGUGUGACGGUGUUGUACUGCUCAAAUAUGUCCCCGACAUCCUGCCCAUACUGGACAGGGCUCUGAAGUUACAUUCUAACUACGCGCUGUCGAGAGCGUGUGAGGUGCUGAGUCAUAUGCUCAACUCGUUGUGCUAUAUUGAUUUGAAAGAGUGGAAGAGUUCGCCGAAGGAUUACGGCUCGGCUCCGGAGACGUGGCUGCCUAUACGGGAGUGGGGAUACGGGUGUAUGUUGAAGGAUACUAACUUCAAGUGGCACGUGCCGAGCGAGGCGGAGGCUCAGUGUGCGCAGAUGUUGAUAGACCGGUAUCUCACGGCGGAAGCAGCCCGGCUGGAGCAAUGGAUCAGUGGGGACCGAGACAUGUGUCGUGAGCGACGACUGAGGAGCUUCUAUAUCAUUAAUGCACUGCUAGCGUGCAGCACUUUUCUACCGCCACCUAAUGAAGACUCUGUUUCCUUUUUGGAAUCUCACGUGCCUGCUACAAGCAUUCCAUUUACCAGCGGCGUGCGCUACGAAGUGACACUGAACGGGGAGAAUGUGCGCGUGGCCUUGACCCGUCUGCUACUUAAGGUGCAAGCCAAAUUAUUGGGCGAAAAGACUGAUGAUACCAAGGGCCUUGAGAUGCUGAUACAGGUAUGGGAACGCGUAGUAGUUAUGAAAGGUAUGCGCGGAGGGCCUGGACUAGAGGCUCGACUGAGGUCGUAUGGGGCUUUAGAGAGGGCACUGGACGGGCGCGGUGGAGCCCCGGACCGGAAGGGGAGCUCCCGGGGCGUUGGCACUGCACGACUGCGGAUGCUCACUGCCGAUGCUGCAAGGCUACAUGAUGACUCACGAUAUGAUCUAGUCUGCGAGGCCGGGAUCACCCCGUCAGCUCUCAAAGCUCUGCACGCUUUAGCUGAGCUCUCUAUCAAUACCUACAGCUCUGUCCGCAUAUUAGCGCAAAUCCGUUUGUACUGGAUGCUGAGCCAUUACCCGUAUUCGUAUCGGGCGUUGGUACCAAAGUUGGCGGAAAUAUUGGCCAAAGGUGGUGAAGGGGACGAGUGGCAUGCGCGUCAUAAAGGCGCACUGUUUAUGAUGCUGGGGCCACGCAGUGGACCAUUGGUGGCUAAGCAGGAUUGGGACGUAGUGCGCACGCUAUGGCCUGCUAUACUUAAUGCGCCGCUUAGCGAGAAACCCAGCAUGGUUCGGCUAGAACAAGCGUUCAGCGAUAGUCUCCAUCGUCACUUCCCUACAGUGAACACUCGCCUUACUAUGAGUACAACGGCGGUAGACGCGGCCGCGGUACUUAUUACUGAAGAGGAACGUUCCGACCCACAUUUCAGCAAGAUUCUCAAUGAAUCCAUUGCGAGAGAAACUGCCAGCUCAGACAGAACUGAGAAAAUCUACAAUGAACUCAUUGUAGAACUUAUGCGAGUCGUCGAAACUCCUAAUAUCCAAUGGCGUCGCUUGGAGCUAGCGAUGCAGAUGCUAACCUUCUGCCCUUCCCUUCAAACCCCAUACCCUGGGUCCGCUGUCCGGGGGAUGGUACAGGCAUUACUACACGAUGACAUCGCCGUCAGACGUACAGCACAACGACUAGUGCACUAUGUACUAAAACAACGCAAGCACAAACUUAUUAAGAUUGAAAUUGAUCCGUAUGACAUCGCUGGCGUACCUCGCCCUGAUAAACGUACACCUGGGUACCGAAAGGAUCUUGAAUGGGCAAUAUGGUCUGAUGACAGGGUAUAUAAAACUGACGAAGAAUGGGAUCAACCCUGGUUGAGGAACUCAAUGUACGGAUUUUAUGCCUGGCCCGAGAAGUUAGAGAUAGCAGCACCAUCUAGCGAGCAGGUAUACUCCUCGGACCUGGCUCCGGAAGACAUGGAGGAAGGCGAGCGUCACCUGUAUGAGUUCUUCAACAACGAGGAUAAUGUCAACAAGCUGGUUGCCUUCUUGACCGUCGAGGAGAAGAAGGGCAAGGACAAGUUCAAUGGAGUGCGCUUCUCUUUAUUCAAGACAUUAUUCGCGCAAUUCGGCAACGAUAUAAGCGCUAGAUUCCUGCGUCACGCGGAGCGUUGCGCGGCGGACUCUCAAGAGGCGAUGCAACGUUACGCGGCAGAGGUGACUGCCGCCGCCCUGCGCGCGCCGCGGUACUGGCCCAGGGACAGGGCCAUGGACAUGUAUGCUGCCGCCGUCAAUAUACUACAGAUUGGUUUAUCAUCGGUUACCCCCGAAACUCUUGAGGACUGGGGCACCUGCGUGGCUACUGGCGUGGAGAAGUUAGACCCAACCCGCGGCCGUCAAGUAAUAGAAGGAUUAGUCCAGAUUUGCGCGCCACGAUCACGCACCCGAGAUAAUGAACCAGAUGUUGAUACUUCAUUCAGUAUCUGUGCUAGACUUUAUGCCCUACAGGGUGCACUGGGCUCCCUACGUUGGAGGGCGGCACCACUGGCUGCUGAACUGUUGAAGCGGUUGGAAGAGGCCAACUUCACACAGCAUCCCUAUCAAAACGUACGGGAAACUGUCGGCAGUUUGUUGAUGACGAUCUUCGACACGGAGCUGGUGUUCCCCGGCGGGCACAAUGGUCCCGCGCCCCGUCUGGCUGACUUCUUGGAUACUGUACAACCACGACUCGCCGCGCUCUAUGACGAGAACGGCGAUAUAGUGAUAAAGACGGCAGCGUCAGCGGCCAUGCAGUGCAGUCCGCGCGAGCCGGCGGCGGGCUGCGCGGCCGACGCGCGCCUGCCGCCGCGCGCGCUGUCCGCCGCCGCCGACGUCGCCAUACACGUCGCCAGGCUCGCGCAGGAACACGCGCCGCCCUCCGACGACACACAGGCGACGGAGGCAGGAGAGUCUUCGGACACAGAAGGCGAAGCACGAGUGCCCCGUGCAGAGCGCCAACUAGUGUCCCGUCUCGACACCGCACUGCGCCUCACUGGAGACGUGGCCGCGCCCGCACCGCAGGACCAUGCGCGGGCGUUGAACUUACUCACUACUGUGCUCCGCGGGUGCAUGGGCGUGGUGGUGCGCGGCGUGGCGUGCCGGCCGGAGCGCCAGUACGUGGUGGCGGGCGCGGCGUGCGCGCUGCCGCACGACGAGCUGCCGCGCGCCGCCGCCGCGCUGCUCGCCUCGCUCGCGCUCGCGCACCACUGCAGCCGCGCCUUCGACACCGCGCUGCAACAUCUCGAGACACUCUCCAACAGUCGGUCAUGGUCGGCUCGCCUCGCGUGCCUGGACUUCGCUCAGCCACUACUGUUCUACGGACUGCCAUUGUUAUGUGACCGCGCCGAUCGCGCCAUCGCCACUGAGCGCUUCGCACUCAAACUGAUGCGAGAUCCAAGACUUGAGGUGCGACAGUCUGCAGCGAAGUUACUAACAGGCCUAAUGCAUUGUCGCGCGCUGCCGGACGAGAGUGUCACGAUGCAGGGACUCAUGCGGAGCUGUCGGUCUAAGCAACUGGUGGAACGGCACUGCGGCGUGCUGGGGCUCUGCGGGUACCUGGCGUCGCGCCCAUACAGUCUUGGCGACCGACUCGGCGACGUACUGGCCGAGCUGGCGCGACAUACCAGCGCGCCGGACCCCAUCCCCGCCACCAUCCGCGACGCACUUGCAGACUUCCGCCGCACGCACCAGGACGACUGGCCCAAACAUCGCGAACAACUCACCGAGGAGGAACUCGACCUCCUCGCUGACCUCACCUCGCCCCCCUCUUACUGCGCUUGAGUCGACUAUUGCUACAUAGUUUUAUCUCUUUUUAUGAUAAGGUAUUUAUAGGGAUGCAUCCGAUAACGAUAUAUCGGCGAUUGCGUUUUCCGAUGUAUCGGAAUCGGCGAUAUUAAUUUUGCUGAUAUAGCCUUUGACAUGCUUAUAACUUUUCGCUGUUAUUACCGUGUUUAAUUAAAUCUUGUAAACACAAUUGUCUACUCUAAAAGCUUCAAUUAAUAAAUACUUUUCUUCCCCGGACUUGCGCUGUAUAUUUCACUAUCUUGUGAUUGCGGUGUGAAUUAUUUUAACUUGACUGUAUGUCAUUUUUGAAAAAUUUAUAUCCUAAUCAGUAUUGACGAUACUUCUUUAAAAAUAUCUUUAUCGUGUCGGCUAAAAUGUGCAUCGAUGCAUCUCUAGUAUUUAAUUGUGAUAUUCAACAAUAGCUUUAUGUAUGACACAAAUUUUAGUUGCAUAAUUACUCCAAAGUGUUAUUGUUUCGUAAAACACAAGUGAACGUAGCUAAUAUAAUUACUGUGUUCUAUCAGUGCAGUGACUUCAUAGGCCUAAUAUUUAGUGAAUUAGUGUUCGCAUCUCCUGCAUCUACAUACAUGUAACCUACCUUUUUACUAUAACUAGUUAUUCACGUAGAAUCUGUAACGGUGGUGG